AUGGCAUCAGAUCAGGAGCGCAAGCACGCUCUCUCGUCCUUCAAGACGAAGCUGAUCGAGUCGCGCGAGUGGGAGGCCAAGCUCAAGAACCUGCGGCUGGAAAUAAAGGGCCUGCAGAAGGAGUUUGACAAGACGGAAGAGAACAUCAAGGCAUUACAGAGCGUCGGCCAGAUUAUUGGCGAAGUCCUCAAGCAGCUAGACGAUGAGAGAUUCAUCGUCAAGGCCUCCUCUGGCCCCCGCUACGUGGUCGGCUGCCGCUCAAAGGUCGACAAGGCCAAGAUGAAGCAGGGAACACGGGUGACGCUCGACAUGACGACGCUCACCAUCAUGCGCAUGCUCCCGCGGGAGGUCGACCCGCUCGUGUACAACAUGUCGCUCGAGGACCCUGGCCAAGUUAGCUUUGGCGGCAUCGGCGGUCUCAACGACCAGAUUCGCGAGCUGCGAGAGGUUAUCGAGCUCCCCCUCAAGAACCCGGAGCUAUUCCUACGCGUCGGCAUCAAGCCGCCCAAGGGCGUGCUUCUCUACGGACCGCCCGGCACCGGCAAGACGCUGCUUGCCAGGGCCGUUGCUAGCAGUCUGGAGACAAACUUCCUAAAGGUUGUCUCGUCGGCGAUCGUCGACAAGUAUAUCGGCGAGUCCGCACGCCUGAUCCGGGAAAUGUUUGGCUACGCUAAGGAACACGAGCCCUGUAUCAUCUUCAUGGACGAGAUCGAUGCCAUUGGCGGGCGCCGCUUCAGCGAGGGAACUAGUGCUGACCGCGAGAUUCAGCGCACGCUUAUGGAACUACUAAACCAGCUAGACGGGUUCGACUACCUCGGAAAGACCAAGAUCAUCAUGGCGACGAACCGCCCCGACACGCUGGACCCGGCGCUGCUGCGCGCUGGGCGGCUGGAUCGCAAAAUCGAGAUCCCGCUGCCCAAUGAGGUGGGCCGUCUCGAGAUUCUCAAGAUCCACGCGGCGAGCGUGGUACUAGAGGGCGAUAUCGAUUUCGAGAGCGUCGUGAAGAUGAGCGACGGUCUAAACGGUGCCGAUCUGCGGAACGUGGUUACCGAGGCGGGUCUUUUUGCCAUCAAGGCCUGGCGCGACGCCGUCAACCAGGACGACUUCAACAAGGCGGUGCGCAAGCUUGGCGAGGCAAAGAAGCUGGAGGGCAAGCUCGAGUACCAGAAGCUGUAA